AGUACAGAAAGACGGACACAGAAAGACAGGCAGGGAGUCACAUGUGCUGAGGAGCGACAUUUUAUCUGUAAAAAAAACAAAAAAACCUACAUUACACAUUUAUCAGUCUGCCUCUCUGGGCACCUGGUUCCGUUAGGGUGUAAAAGCUAAAAUGCUGUUCGUUUUACUUCUUUCUUCACUGAUUGCCUCAGCGAUAGCUGACGAGAAAGCCAGGGCCCUACCCAGGCUGACCGAUGUCGACGCAGUCGAGUCUUUCAUUGAUGCUGCUGAAGUGGUGGUGAUUGGGUUCUUCCAGGGCGAGGACAGUUUCGGCUAUAAGGAGUUUCUGACGUCCGUCUCUGAGGUCAGCCACCUUCCGGUGGCCCUGUGCUCUGAGAUGGAGGUGUGGACGAAGUACAGCAUCACCACCGACACCAUCUCCAUCUUCAGAAAGGCAGAUCUGCACCAGGAGAACCUGCAACUCUCUGAAACGAAGAAACUGGACAGUGACGGACUGACACGCUUUUUCCAGAUCAAUGAACUCCACUACAUCACUGAGUACAAUCCUGUGACGGCAGUAGGUCUAUUUAACUCCGACGUGAAGACACACCUCCUCCUCUUCGUCAACAGAGGGGCCGCGGACUUCACUGAGCUGAAGGAGAGGCUGGGGGCCCUGGCCCCUGAGUACACUGGCCAGUUCCUGUUUGUGCUGGUAAAUGGAGCUUUGAAAUCCAACGCCCGUUCCCUCGGCUACUUUGGAUUGAAGUCACGUGACCUCCCAAAAGUGGGUAUCUAUGAUGGCAACUCAGACAGGGCGUGGCUGCUACCCCCAGGAGAGAUCUCCACUGAGCGUGUGAGGGAAUUCUGUGAAUCCUUCCUCAAUGGGACACUACAGGAACAAGAAGACACGAAACAGGAUUCUAAAACUGAGCUGUGAAGCGAAUGAUGAAAUAAUAAAUUGUGGACUAAAUAAAA